UAAAAAAAAAGACCCAAAAUCCAAAAGAACACAACACCGCUUUUUUCUGAAGCGUAAAAUCACAGCACUCUCUAACUUGUUCGGUCCUGAUGGAUCUAACCUCUACUGCUCAGGUUGAUGAUUUGGAGGGUAUUAAGCGUUCUGUUGAUGAAUUUCUUAACAGAGUUGACAAGAUUGAGAAGCAAGUGGUCGAGGUUGAACAGUACUAUGAAUCUGCCGGUAAUGUUCAAGGUGAUAAUUCUAAAGGAGGCUCAGUUGUAAAAGAGAAGGGCAGGGAGAAGCAUCUCAUUGAAACGAAAAAGCCGCUGCAAGAUGCAUCUGAUGUGGAAACUUCUGCUGCAAGGGGAAUGCAGGAGCUAAUGCGCCAGUUUUCCACAAUAUUGCGUCAGAUUACUCAGCAUAAAUGGGCUUGGCCUUUUCUGGAACCUGUAGAUGUAAAAGGUCUUGAGCUUGACGACUAUUAUGAGGUUAUUGAUAAGCCCAUGGAUUUCAGUACAAUAAAAAGUAAAAUGGAAGCUGAGGAUGGAACUGGAUAUAAGAAUGUACGGGAGAUAUACGCAGAUGUAAGGUUGAUAUUUAAGAAUGCAAUGAAAUACAACAAUGAAAAACAUGAUGUUCAUGUGAUGGCAAAGACCUUGCUAGAAAAAUUUGAGGAAAAAUGGCUGCAACUCUUACCUAAAGUUGCUGAGGAGGAAAAGAGACUGUUAGAGGAAGAAGCACUGGCUCAACUAGACAUUCAGCUUGCUCAGGAGAAGACUUAUGCCAAUUUGGCUAGGGAUUUAAGCGUUGAGCUUUAUCAGGUUGAUAUGAAAUUGAAGGAUCUCAAAGAAAUGGUGAUUCAGAAAUGCAGGAAACUGUCUCCUCAAGAGAAGAGAAUACUUGGGUCAGCUCUCACCAAGUUGUCUCAUCAAAACCUCAACAGGGCAUUGGAGAUAGUUGCUGAGAAUAACCCAAUCUUCCAAUCUAGUGGUGAAGAGGUGGACCUUGACAUUGAUGCUCAGAGCGACUACACACUAUGGAGGUUAAAGGUUUUUGUAAAAGAUGCACUAGAAGCUCAAGGAAAGGUUGCUGGGGGUGUAGCUGUUAAUGAUAACCUUGACAACAAGAAAAACAACUCCAAAAGGAGGAGAGAAUUAAUUGAUUCUCUUGCCAAUACAAAUAUAAAAAAGACUAGGAAACUAUCCACUUUAUGAUUGAACUGAAGUUAGGAACGGUCGUAAUAGAGACUAGCGUAGGGUAGCAAUGGCUCCCCCAAACUUAAAAACCAAUAUCCAGUGUACAAAUGUAUUUAUUAAGCAUUGACAAUUGCAUAAGAAUUUAAUAUUUAAGACUCUUGAGUCCUUGUGAUUAU